AUGAUUAUGAAUGUCCAGCAAAAUGCUGGUGCUCCAGCCUACCAGCCUCCAGCGCCGGCUCCGGCACCAGUUGUGAUCCAGGAAAAGAAGUCAAACACUUGUUGCAUCGUCACAACCAUCUUGAUCUGCCUCUGUAUCGGUGUCCCGCUCAUUCUCUUCCUCACACUUGUUGUGUUUGCUACUGCUGCAGUUAGCGAAAUCAACGAUCACUUGGCUACUGCUUCCCCUCCACCUGGAUGGAACUCCACCUACUCUUAUUCCACCUACUCUUAUCCUAGCUCUUCUUCCACUCCAGCUGCCUUUGCGACUUCGUUCACUUCGAUGGGCUCAAUCGACUCUUCUACCGUUGACAUUUGCGCUGGCGAUAACGAGUACUCUGUUUCUUCUGGUGGUACUUUUGAAUCACCAAACUACCCCAGUCCUUACAACAACGACGCCGCCUGCACGAAUAAAUUCACCUCUUCUUCCGAUGGUAUAACGUUUGCAAUUGUCAACUUCCACACUGAAGCUGGUUAUGAUGAACUUACUUUCCGGGGUGAUGAUGCAACUGAAUAUGCUUUCACCGGAUUUGUUUCAAAUUCAACACGAUUCUCCUUUUCUUCUUCUUACGUCGAGGCCCACUUCAGCAGUGAUUACGCGUUCGCUUAUUCUGGUUUCCAAAUUGAUGUUAUCGACGGCUACGAACCAUCAAAUGAAGUGAGCAUGGUCUGGCCGAACGUCAGAUUCACUGGCGAAAAACCACCAAAGGAAGAAUAA